CUUUUUGUCAUAAAUGCCAAUUGUGGCAGAUAUGAUAUGCCUUUAGCAUACUUGUAUCUUUUAAUAUUAGAUGGUAUUGAACUAAUGCUUAAUGAUUCUAAAAAUAAAAUAAACAUCAAAGUACAAGUGUUAUAUGAGUUCUUUAGUAAUCUUAGAAAAAUUGGACUACUUUCUGUAUUUGCAUUUAUAGAUAAGGAUGCUGAUAAAAUAUUGGCUAUAAGUGAAGCAUAG